GUAACAACCGACACUGAUGGAUCAGGGUACAAAUACAGCGCACACUGCCACACUUAACUGACCUUCACAAUGGCGAGUGCAGGUCGUAUGGUUGGACUGGCUCGCCAGUUCAGCACGUCUGCUGUGCAGAGGAGUGCACUCGUUCGCCCUCCACUCGCUGUCUUCGGCGUCGAUGGCCGCUACGCCACAGCUCUCUAUUCUGCCGCGUCCAAGGAGAAGAAGCUGGAUGCAAUCGAGAAAGAACUGCUCAAGUUCAAGGGCCAACUGGAACAAGAUAAAAAGUUAGCUGAAUUCAUCGACAACCCAUUGGUUCAGAAGCUCGCUAAGAGAGAUGCACUCACGCAGGCAUUGACUAAGCUGAAUUACAGUAAGAUCAUGGUGAACUUCAUUGGUGCCCUCGCGGAGCACGGUAGGAUUCGCCAGGUCGCAACCGUCAUCAACACCUUCAGCCGCAUCAUGGGAGCUGUCAGGGGGGAGGUGCACUGUGAGAUUACCAGCGCUAAGCCCCUUGAUGCUGCGACAGAAAAGGAACUUGAAGGUGCACUUAAGGCAUUCCUUAAGAAGGGGGAAGUCAUCAUACUUACGAAGAAGGUGGAUCCCAGCAUAAUAGGCGGCCUCAUUGUCAGCAUAGGAGACAAGUACGUGGACAUGUCUAUUGCUUCGAAAGUUAAGACCUUCACAGAUGUUAUCAAACAGGCUGUCUGAAGGAUGUGAUGGGGUUUGUGCAGUGCUCUGGAGGUGGACCUAAAAUGUAGAUAACACUUAAAAGAAUAUAAAAAGUUGGAACUGAA